CUCUUCCUGUUAGCUCACAGAAUACAUUAAAUACUCAGUUAGAGGGCGGGGCUUGCAGCAGAGUGAGAGGGGAAGCAGAGUGUCUGCACUGCACGUCUGUACAAGCUGCUCGCAUCCAAUAGGAACAGCACGUCUCUCAGUGGACAAUAACAAAGAAAGAUGGAAGGCUCAACACCCUGUUUAAGUGAAAUGCUCAGCAGUGUUGAGGCAGCACAGGCCAAACUGGACAGCAACCCCUUCACCAUGGGAGAAGUAUUGAAGAAAGUUGGCGAUUCCAGCAAUCAGCCAGCUAUAGUAAUGGGACACAAACAGUAUGAAUGUGAUCUGUGUGGCCGUUGCUUCUCUGACUCUUCUAACCUUAGGCGUCAUAAAUAUAUCCACACAGAAGUGAAGCCUUAUGUCUGUGAUGAAUGUGGAAGCAGCUACCGACGGAAAUCUUUGCUUGUCCGCCACCGCCUAGUUCAUACAGGGGAAUACCCAUUCCAGUGUGCCUACUGCUCCAAAGGUUUUCGAGACUCUGCUGCUCUACGCGUGCAUUCCCGCAAGCACACAGGAGAAAGGCCCUACAGUUGUCCUGUGUGUCAGAAGAGCUUUUCCACUGUCCGCUAUAUGAAAAUACAUCAGGAAAAACACACCACACAAAAGAAUUUACAAAUGCAAAACAAACCGCAGGAAAGUUCUGUGACUAAAGAUGAUGAUUUACCAAUGGAAUUUCAGUGUUCGUUCUGUAGUAAAUGCUUUGUCACUAAGGAAGAGCUACAAGGACAUCGACCCUUGCACAUAAAAUUUGGGCCUUCGGGACAGAAGCUGUACGAAUGUGAAGAAUGUAAGAAAUGCUUUACUAAUCCAUCCAAUCUGAGGCAACACGUUCUCAUUCACACUGGGAUGAAGCCUUUCACCUGUAAUGUGUGUAACCAACGAUUCCGACAAGCCACUCACCUUCAGCGACACCAUUUGAUUCAUACUGGAGAGCGGCACUUCAAAUGUUCUAUCUGCCAGAAAGGAUUUCGUGACACUAGUGAUUUGUUAAAGCAUCAACGAGUUCACACUGGGGAGAGGCCAUUUCAGUGUUCUAUAUGUGGAAAAAGCUUCAAGGACCUCUCUAAUGCUAAUAUUCACAAGCAAAAGCAUUUUAAAGAAAAUCCUAUUUCUGAUGAGCAAUCUUCUUCCUCUUUUUACUCUCAGCCUGUAUUCUCUUUAAAAAACACAGAUACAGAACCAAAAUAUUCACAAGAACAAUUGGAUUCCAAACAUAAAGCACACGAUCCUGCUGUUCCUGUGGCUGAAAAUGAAAACAGUGAAGAUAGCUUUAAAUGUAGAUCUAUUCAUGAUGAAAAUCCUUCUUCCUCUGUUUACUCUCAGCCCGAAUUCUCUUUAAAAAACACAGACCUUAAGCAUCAUAAAUAUAUCCACACAGGACUGAAGCCUUAUGUCUGUGAUGAAUGUGGAAGCAGCUACCGACGGAAAGCUCUGCUUGUCCGCCACCGCCUAGUUCAUACAGGGGAAUACACAUUCCAGUGUGCCUACUGCUCCAAAGGUUUUCGAGACUCUGCUGCUCUACGCGUGCAUUCCCGCAAGCACACAGGAGAAAGGCCCUACAGUUGUCCUGUGUGUCAGAAGAGCUUUUCCUGUGUCCGUUAUAUGAAAAUACAUCAGGAGAAACACACAACACAAAAGAAUCUGCAAAUGCAAAACAAAGCGCAGAUAAUUUCUGUGAAAGAAGAUGAGGAUUUACCAGUGGAAUUGCAGUGUUCGUUCUGUAGUAAAUGCUUUGUCACUAAGGAAGAGCUUGAAGCACAUCGCCCCUUGCACAUAAAAUUUGGGCCUUCGGGACAGAACUUGUACGAAUGUGAAGAAUGUAAGAAAUGCUUUACUAAUCCAUCGAAUCUGAGGCAACACGUUCUCAUUCACACUGGGAUGAAGCCUUUCACCUGUAAUGUGUGUAACCAACAAUUCCGACAAGCCACUCACCUUCAGCGACAUUAUUUUAUCCAUACUGGAGAGCGGCACUUCAAAUGUUCUAUCUGCCAGAAAGGAUUUCGUGACACUAGUGAUUUGUUAAAGCAUCAACGAGUUCACACUGGGGAGAGGCCAUUUCAGUGUUCUAUAUGUGGAAAAAGCUUCAAGGACCUGUCUAAUGCUAAUACUCACAAGCAAAAGCAUUUUAAAGAAAAGUCUAUUUCUGAUGAGCAAUCUUCUUCCUCUUUUUACUCUCAGCCUGUAUUCUCUUUAAAAAACACAGAUACAGAACCAAACUCUUCACAAGAAAAAUUAGAUUCCAAGCAUAAAGCACACGAUCCUGCUGUUCCUGUGGCUGAAAAUGAAAACAGUGAAGAUAGCUUUAAUUGUAGACCUAUUCCUGAUGAGCAACCUCCUUCCUCUUUUUACUCUCAGCCUGUAUUCUCUUUAAAAAACACAGAUGCAGAACCAGAAUAUUCACAAGAAGAAUUAGAUUCCCAACAUAAAUCACACAAUCCUGCUGUACCUGUGGCUGAAAAUGAAAACAGUGAAGAUAGCUUUAAAUGUAGACCUAUUCCUGAUGAGCAACCUCCUUCCUCUUUUUACUCUCAGCCAGUAUUCUCUUUAAAAAACACAGAUGCAGAACUAGAAUAUUCACAAGAAGAAUUCGAUUCCCAACAUAAAUCACACGAUCCUGCUGUACCUGUGGCUGAAAAUGAAAACAGUGAAGAUAGCUUUAAAUGUAGACCUAUUCCUGAUGAGCAUCCUUCUUCCUCUUUAUACUCUCAGCCAGUAUUCUCUUUAAAAAACACAGACCUUAGGCAUCAUAAAUAUAUCCACACAGGACUGAAGCCUUAUGUCUGUGAUGAAUGUGGAAGCAGCUACCAACGGAAAGCUCUGCUUGUCCGCCACCGCCUAGUUCAUACAGGGGAAUACACAUUCCAGUGUGCCUACUGCUCCAAAGGUUUUCGAGACUCUGCUGCUCUACGCGUGCAUUCCCGCAAGCACACAGGAGAAAGGCCCUACAGUUGUCCUGUGUGUCAGAAGAGCUUUUCCUGUGUCCGUUAUAUGAAAAUACAUCAGGAGAAACACACAACACAAAAGAAUCUACAAAUGCAAAACAAACCGCAGGUAAUUUCUGUGAAAGAAGAUGAGGAUUUACCAGUGGAAUUGCAGUGUUCGUUCUGUAGUAAAUGCUUUGUCACUAAGGAAGAGCUUCAAGCACAUCGUCCCUUGCACCUAAAAUUUGGGCCUUCAGGACAGAAGCUGUACGAAUGUGAGGAAUGUAAGAAAUGCUUUACUAAUCCAUCCAAUCUGAGGCAACACGUUCUCAUUCACACUGGGAUGAAGCCUUUCACCUGUAAUGUGUGUAACCAACAAUUCCGACAAGCCACUCACCUUCAGCGACAUUAUUUUAUCCAUACUGGAGAGCGGCACUUCAAAUGUUCUAUCUGCCAGAAAGGAUUUCGUGACACUAGUGAUUUGUUAAAGCAUCAACGAGUUCACACUGGGGAGAGGCCAUUUCAGUGUUCUAUAUGUGGAAAAAGCUUCAAGGACCUGUCUAAUGCUAAUACGCACAAGCAAAAGCAUUUUAAAGAAAAGUCUAUUUCUGAUGAGCAAUCUUCUUCCUCUUUUUACUCUCAGCCAGUAUCCUCUUUAAAAACGACAGAUGCAGAACCAGAAUAUUCACAAGAAGAAUUGGAUUCUAAACAUAAAGCACUUGAAUCUGCUGUUCCUGUAGUUAAAAUAGAAAACAGUGAAGAUAGCUUUAAUUGUAGACCUAUUCAUGAUGAGCAUCCUUCUUCCUCUUUAUACUCUCAGCCCGUAUUCUCUUUAAAAAACACAGAUGCAGAAACAGAAUAUUCACAAGAAUUGGAUUCUAAACAUAAAGUAUUUGAUCCUGCUGUUCCUGUAGUUAAAAUAAAAAACAGUGAAGAUAGCUUUAAAUGUAGACCUAUUCCUGAUGAGCAUCCUUCUUCCUCUUUAUACUCUCAGCCUGUAUUCUCUUUAAAAAACACAGAUGCAGAACCAAAAUAUUCACAAGAAGAAUUGGAUUCUAAACAUAAAGCACUUGAAUCUGUUGUUCCUGUAGUUAAAAUAGAAAACAGUGAAGAUAGCUUUAAAUGUAGACCUAUUCCUGACGAGCAUCCUUCUUCCUCCAUUUACUCUCAUCCCGUAUUCCCUUUAAAAAACACAGAUACAGAACCACAAUUUUCACAAGAAGAAUUACAUUCCAAACAUAAAGCAUGCGAUCCUGCUGUUCCUGUGGCGGAAAAUGAAAACCGUGGAGAUAGCUUUAAAUGUACAAUUUGCAAAAAAACUUUUGCUCGAGUUUCAGGUCUUCGUUGCCACUACCAGAUUCAUACAGGACUUCGUCCUUUUGGUUGUCAUCUAUGUGAGAAGACUUUUAGGCAGCUUUCUCAUCUGAACCGGCAUAAGAAAAUUCACACUGGAGAAAAACUGUAUCGUUGUACAAUCUGCCAGAAAGCUUUCCGUGAGUCUAGUGAUCUGCUCCGUCACCAGAAGGUACACACUACGGACAACUUGUUCCGUUGCCGUCUGUGUCGGGAGACUUAUACACAAAUACAACAACUUCAGGCACAUGAACUAAGUCAUGGAAAAAAUGAUUUUUUCGAUACUAACAUUUUCGGCGAUGAGGAUAACAGCAACUCAAUUGAAGUAAUUUUGGAAGACAUCCAAUACGUUCACUUCCCAAAGAAGACCAAAGAGCUAAAGAUGGCGCCUGUGAGCUGCGCUGAAUCUGCACCUAUAGCGGAAAUCUUCAUGAGUAUCCCUUACGUUCCAGUAAAUUUGGGUGUGUUGCAAGAACAAGCAACUGCAGCAAAGAACAGGUCCUCUCCAGCGGAGUUCAAGGCAGUCAUCAUCUCCCAAGUGCUCUUCUUCCUUUAUUCCCCGGCGUUUGGUGGCGCAAGCGUAGUAGGAGGCAUUUACUGGAAAGUUUGGACUUGUGAAAUGGAAGCUAAUGCAGGGGAGGAGGGCAUCCACUUUCAGAACUACCCUUUUGAUUUCUUGGAGUUCCUGAACCAUCAACGCUUUGAGCCUAUGGAAUUGUACAACCACCAUGAGCACGCAAAGGCCGUAGCAGCACUUCCUUGCCCUCCACCUCAGUACGAUUAUAAUCAUCAGGCCCAGCCCAAUCACGUUCAGUUUGCAAGCACUAGCACUUCAAAACCUAAAGAAUUUAAAGUUGAAGCCCCUUCUUCCUCUUCACUUUCUCCCAGCAAAAAGCCAGAUAUAAUAGCUACCACACAGCAGUUCAACAAUCAGCCCCCAAUCGCAGCUACCCAGACAAUUUUUGACAGUACUUUCAAUACAGCACAGUGGGGGAUUGUUGAUCUAUCAAGUCACCAACAUCUUUUCAACAAUCUGAAACGUAGUCUCCCUGUAGCUCAGGGACAGGUGCAAGCUGAAGACGAGAACAAGGACGAUAAAAACUACUUUCGCCGCCUAAAAUAUCUCAUUGACCGUCGCUUUCCUUGCACAGUUUGUCAAAAGUCAUUUAAGCAAUCAUCCCAUCUAGUACAGCACAUGCUGGUGCACACUGGUGAACGGCCCUACGAGUGCAACACUUGCGGGCGCACAUACAAUCACAUCUCCAGUUUGAUAAGACACAGACGUUGCCAUAAAGAGGAAACAGAAGCUAAUACACUCCCUCCCCCAGACGGAGAGGCGGCUGCAGCAGCUGCAGUGGUGGCGGCAGCCGCCGCUGCAAUGUCUGAGGCAGCAGCUGGGUCUGCUGAGAUGUCUGUAACUGGCAGUGAUCAGAGUAUUUCUUUAACCCAAGAUGGGCCAUUCACGUGCAGCCUUUGCUGGAAGGUGUUUAAGAAACAAAGUCAUCUUCAUCAGCACCAGAUCAUACACACGGGAGAGAAGCCAUUCAGCUGUAGCGUGUGCGCAAAGAGCUUUAAUCGUCGCGAGAGUUUAAAACGUCACGUGAAGACCCAUUCUGACUCCAUGAAAGUUCAGUGUGAGGUUUGUGGAAAAUCAUUUCGGGACACUUCAUACCUGUUGAAGCACCAAGCCACGCAUACAGGUGAGAGGCCAGAUUACAAAUGUGAAUUGUGCGGCAAGUCUUAUGCUGCCCCCCAGAGCCUUUUGAGACAUAAACAGGUUCAUGAGCAAGGUCUGGCCUUGCAGCAGCCAUUGGUGCAGCCAUCAUUAGUGCAGCAGCCAUUGCUACAGCAGCCAUUGGUGCAGCAUCCAUUGGUACAGCAGCAACCAUCCCUCAAUGAAGUGAUUAAAGAACCCACAUCAUCGGUUACAAUAGAUGCAGCUUCUCUUCUAGGUACAGAUGUAGCAAAUGUUGGCCAAGCUGCUGUUAGUGUAAUUGGGAAAAUUGGAUCUAUUUUUGGUCCUACCUCUUUACAAAAACCGUCUUCUGUAAAUAACAAUGCUAAGACUUUCUGCUGCAAUGUUUGUGGACGUGGCUUUGGUAGACGGGAAACUCUUAAGCGACAUGAACGCAUUCACACUGGAGAGAAGCCGCAUCAGUGUUCAAUCUGUGGCAAGCGAUUCAGAGAGUCAUUUCACCUCACUAAACACCAUGUAGUGCAUACCAGAGAGCGACCGUAUAAAUGUGAGUUAUGUGGAAAGGUCUUUGGCUAUCCUCAGAGCUUGACACGCCAUAAACAGAUCCACAGACUCCAGCUACCUUGUUCAGUGGCAAUUGGGACUCUUCCGCCGGACAUACUUACAUUUGGAUGUACAGAUUGCGGAGAGAGGUUUCCUGACUCUUUUCACCUUAUGAACCACAAGGAGUUGCACAUGAAUGAGAAGCCUUAUGUAUGUGAUACAUGUGGUAAAUGUUUUGGAUUUAUAGAAAAUUUGAUGUGGCACAAGCUAGUACAUCAGACCGCGCUGGAACGUCUCCAUCCUGUAAGUCAAUGUCAAGAUGUAGCAGAAGGUCAGCAAGUAAAUUGCUCAGAGAAUAGUGCCCCCAGUGUGGUUUCUGGAACUGAAGUUGCCGCAGCAGCAGUAGCUGCUGGAGUUGUGUCUUCUACUUUUGAGGAACACCCUAUGGUCCCAAGUGGGGAGAGGUUUUCAUGCAGUAUUUGUGGUCAAAGUUUCAAGCACUUUCUUGGCCUGGUUACACAUAAGUAUGUUCACUUAGUAAGACGCACUCUUGCUUGCAAUGUAUGUGGACAGAAUUUUGCAGGGGCAUAUGAACUGCUAAUUCAUCGGCGCACCCACUUGCAGAAGCGGCAUUUCACUUGCUCUGUGUGUGGAAAGCGUUUUUGGGAAGCAGCUCUCCUCAUGCGUCAUCAGCGCUGCCAUACUGAAGAAAGACCUUACCGCUGCACUAUUUGCGGCCGUGGCUUCUUGCAUUCUUGGUAUCUUCGUCAGCACAAAGUGGUGCACACUGGGGAGAGAGCGUACAAGUGUGCUCUGUGCAACAAACGAUUCGCCCAGUCAUCUAGUCUGGCGGAACAUCAGCGGUUGCACAUUGUGGCUCGUCCUCAGCGUUGCGCGACCUGUGGCAAGACUUUCCGUUACCGUUCCAAUCUUUUAGAACAUCAACGUGUGCACUUAGGUGAAAAGAUUUACCGCUGCGACCAAUGCGGGAAGAGUUUCUUUUACAUUUCGUCCAUCCUUCGGCACCAGCGUUCCCAUGAUGCUAAACCAGACCUGCGUUGUUCUUGUUGCCUCAAGCUUUUCAAGGACCCAAAGUAUUUUAGUAAACAUGUGCAAACCCACCAGGGUGGUCGGCCUUUCAAAUGUGGAGCCUGUGGUGAGGCCUUCAACAAUACCUAUGGACUAAAGAAGCAUCGGCACACACAUAAAAUGGAGAGAUUAGCUGCUGCUGCAGCACUUGUUGAAGGACAGAAGACUUUGUAACCAGGUUCUUACUAACUACUUGCAAAUAUUAUAACCUUGCUAUUGCUCCUCACCGACCACAUUUUAUGUAACGUUCCCUUACUGUAACUAUAAGAGGGUUGAGAUAUUGUAAUUAGUCCAUAUUUUGUGUUUAAAUGCAGUGUCACAGGAGACUGUGAGCAGAGUUAGACAUUACCUGUGCUGGACAGGUGGGUAUCUGUUCAUUGAAUAUUAAAACCUUUGCUGCUGUAACAUCGGCUACAAGUAAUAAUGAAAUAUAGUCAGUGCUGUGAAUUACUGCCAUUAUCAUUUUCUACUGUUGAGAAUGGUAAAACUGCAAAAGUAAUGUACAAACAGAAAUAAAUGCUAUAAACUGUAAUAAUAUCAUUUACCCAAGAGAACAGUGAAUCUGAAAUAUACAAAAAAAGAAUUCUAAAAUGUUGUAAAAAGGGUCCAUUUCCUAUCUAGAUGUAAAAAAAAAAAAAAGAGUUUUUGGAUUUGGCACAGAAGAAAUGGACCUGAUAAAAGGCAUUAUGAAA